ACGGGUCAGGAGGAGAUUAGGUCCCUGUUGUUGAGCUGUGAGCCAGCCCCACCCUCCCCCACCUGGGCAGGGUAUAAAUCCCAGCCCGGCUCAGCGCUGGGCAGAGACCUGGCUCCUGGCAGCAGCAUGAAGUCAGGGACCAUCUUCCUCCUCCUGGGGCUCCUGGCCCUCUGGGCCGAGCUGCCACCUGCGGCUGGACGGAGACCUGGGGUCUGUCCCUCGGUCAAAGGGGUUGUGGGGAUCUGUGUGGAACUGUGCAACGGAGACGAGUCCUGUCCUCCAGGGCAAAAGUGCUGCAGUAACGGGUGUGGCCAUGUGUGCAGAGGAGUGAUAACCAGAGGGAGACCUGGGACCUGCCCCACACCCACGGGCCAGGGGGCCUGUGUGGAGAGAUGCCGAGGAGAUGAUUCCUGUCCUCCAUGGCAAAAGUGCUGCAGUAACGGGUGCGGACACGAGUGUAAGCAACCGGUACCCAGAGUGAAACCUGGGCUCUGCCCCAUUCACAUCGGCCCAGGAACCUGUGAGAUGGGCUGCGAUGGAGACGAGUCCUGUCCUGCAAGGGAAAAGUGCUGCAGUAAGGGGUGUGGCCAGGUCUGCAAGCGACCUAUAACCAGAGGGAAAACACCACAGCAGCCCAACACUGGAGUAUGA